GAGAGAAAGUGUUAUUACUUCUCUUCUUCUUCUGCAUCGUCUUUGACUCUCUCUGCUCUUUCUUCCCUCCCCUGCCUCUUUGCCUUCUUCCACACUUUCUCUUUCUAGUUUUUUUUUCCUGCAUUUUUUAGAGAGAGAAAGAGAGAGUUUUUGGCGACAAUGGGGAGUGAUUCCACGAAGAAAUGGGUGGCGGUUUCGGCUUUUGCAGUAAUGGCGGUGGUUCUGGUUGUUCUCGUCGUCGGAAUUUCUGGUUCUGUUUCGAAAUUCGAUGCUUCCUCCGAGAUAAGCGAUGCGGAGAAGGAGAAUUUGGUGAGCUUGCAUAACUCAACAAUGGCGGCCAGGUUGGAAGAGGUUGAAUCUGCUUUGAAUGAACAUGCAGUUGAUGACCCUGAAGAGAUUGCUUCCAUGGUGGAUAUGAGCAUCAAAAACAGUACUGAGAGGCGAAAAUUGGGUUAUUUCUCAUGUGGAACUGGUAAUCCUAUUGAUGACUGCUGGCGUUGUGACCGGAACUGGCAAAAGAACAGAAAGAGGCUAGCUGAUUGUGGCAUUGGAUUCGGGCGCAAUGCUAUUGGUGGUCGUGAUGGCCGAUACUAUGUUGUGACUGAUUCUGGUGACGAUGAUCCUGUUAACCCCAGGCCUGGUACUUUACGUCAUGCUGUCAUCCAGACAGAGCCCCUCUGGAUUGUCUUUAAGCGGGACAUGGUGAUCACCUUGAAGCAGGAGCUGAUUAUGAACAGCUUUAAAACCAUUGAUGCCCGUGGAACCAAUGUGCACAUUGCUAAUGGAGCCUGCAUUACGAUCCAGUUCGUCACCAACAUUAUCAUUCAUGGAUUGCACAUCCAUGACUGCAAGCCAACUGGAAAUGCCAUGGUUAGAAGUUCACCUACACAUUACGGUUGGAGAACAAUGGCCGAUGGUGAUGCAAUCUCCAUUUUCGGUUCAAGCCAUAUCUGGGUUGAUCACAAUUCCCUCUCCAAUUGUGCUGAUGGCCUUGUUGAUGCUGUCAUGGGCUCAACUGCAAUUACCAUCUCCAACAAUUACUUUACUCACCACAAUGAGGUGAUGUUGUUGGGUCACAGUGACUCCUAUGUAAGAGACAAGCAAAUGCAAGUGACAAUUGCCUACAACCACUUUGGUGAGGGUCUCAUUCAGAGAAUGCCAAGGUGCAGACAUGGUUACUUCCAUGUGGUGAACAAUGAUUACACUCAUUGGGAGAUGUAUGCCAUUGGCGGAAGCGCUAGCCCCACGAUUAACAGUCAGGCCAAUCGGUACCUUGCCCCUGUUAACCCUUUUGCCAAGGAGGUAAUGCACUGUUGACAGCCUUCUUCAACUUCCUACCUCAUGGAAAAGCUGAACUUUUUCAACAUCAGCGCUUAACGGGUUUUGGAAUCUUCUUGAACAGGUAACCAAGAGAGUCGAAACCGGCGAGUAUGAAUGGAAGCAUUGGAACUGGAGAUCAGAAGGUGAUCUGAUGCUCAACGGUGCAUAUUUCACUCCAUCAGGAGCAGGAGCCUCAGCCAGCUAUGCCAGAGCUUCAAGUUUAAGUGCCAAGUCCUCUUCGAUGGUGGGAACAAUUACUUCUGGUGCUGGAGCCCUUGUUUGCCGUAGAGGCCGUACUUGCUAGCUACUACAUUCAAUUGCACAAACAUAACACAGUCACAGAGUCCUUUUUUUUUGUCUUCUGUUUCUCAUCAUAGUAGUUAGCAUAUAGUACCAUAUUACAGCAAAUUGUUUGCAAGAGUCAUCCCAUCCAUAUUACUUCAUUUGGCAAGUGUACAUUUUUUACACAUUGUCAAUUCAUUCAUCCCCUACAUCCAUACACCAUAUGUCUUGUUUUACAUCCUCUUUGUGUCUUCCAUUGUUGGCAACCUCGGCCUGCUUCUAAACUGCAGGAAAUUUAAUGCCAUUCCUAGAAGCCGGUACAGAAGCGUUGUUCAUAUCCUUGAUUCUUUCUUCUUUUUGUUCCUUUUUUUUUUUUUUUUUUUUACCUUAUUAUCCAUCCAUCCCGGCUUUCGCCAACGUUCUAACCAUCCACUCAAAGAUGUUUGGUAUUUUGUCUUGGGCUUUUCCUUAGGAACUAAUUCCUCUGUAAUUUUUGGUUGCCCUUCUUCUCUUUUGCAAGUCAUAUACUACUACUACUACUACUACUACUACUACUACUACUUCUACCAUAGUGUGAAUGUCAAUUCCUUUGGAAAAAAACAAAAGGAAAAAAAAGCAAGUGUAUCUUUUGUAAUAGAUGAUGAUUGCAUAUUUUGCAUAGCAAAAACAAGGUAAUUAGCCUUUCCUGUUUUAAUCUCUUAAACUUUUUAUCUUUGUCUUGUCAAUCAAGAACAGUGUUCUCUUGGUUGUUCAUCUGUUCUUCAGAAAAAAGCUUCAAAAGCUUUAAUGCUAAAACACUAUUUUACUCUUCUGUUAAGUGUUGGUUACCCUUUACUUUUCUUUUUUUUUUUUUUUUUACUUUGGCUUAACUGCAAUAAUUAUUCCAUGUUGCACAUGGUGAAAAGAAGAAGAUCAAAAAAGAUGUGAGACUUACAUCUAAUGAUGAGUGAUUAUUCCUAGAAAUCUCAAGGAUUAAGAUAUGUUAACUGCAACUAACCAACUUCUUUAUGAUGAACUUUUUUACUGUGGGAAUUAAGAAAG